AUGCACCCCUUUUCCAUCCUCACUCUUGGAAUCUUCGUCGCGGGCUACAUCACCGCUAGGUGGGACCUUGUAACUCGGCUUUACGAACUUGCUAUUUUUGCGUGGGAUCACGGUGUCGUGACGGCGCCGGAGGAUGACAACAUGAUAAUGAGUGAUGGGCUGCUGCGAGUAUUUUGGCCAUAUGAUCUCCCGCGAUCUUCAGCGCCGGGUGUGAUAGUCGGAUGGCGCAACUCGGAGCUGGACCUAGUUGUACUUACGGUCCUUGAAGAUGUCGAGCCACGAAAUGUGGGCAAUGCGCUUCGGGCUGGAAUCCUAUUUCGAAAUAGCCCGCAUCCCAUUGUUCGCAUCUUUACGCUUUGCGGUCGGUCCCAGAUGCAUGUCCUUGGUUCGACGAAUUCCCUCCUUCCCGACACUACAUUCAAUCCGUCUCACCUUCAUGUAACCACGCACCCGCCGUCGAAAAGCCAACUCCCGCGGAUAUUUUGUCCACCAGAAGCGAAUCUCUCGGUCCAGGUCAUCAUGUUUCAUCGUCCGGACCCAACACGCAUGGAGUAUAUGUCUUUGGAUCCGAUUUCCUUAGCUUUGGGCGACAAGGUGACGAAUGUAGAGAAUGGCUUCGCGUUAUCUGGGACGAUUGAGUCGGAAGAAGAAAAAGAAAAGGCACGACAUCGUGUGCUGGUUGACAAGCUUAAACUUCACACGGUGGUGAAGCAUAUUCCGUCGCAAAAGGAGCAGGCACUUCCACUGAUCAUCAGUCAAGUGAACUGUGCAUAUGAAAUGAGCCAAUUGAUGCAUAAGAAUUGUCAUUUGAUUGGGGUACGAGCAAAACGCAGCAUGAGUGUUGGAGAACGUGUGGUGGAAUCGGCGACUACUCUCUGGGGACUUUUCGUCCUUUUCAUUGCGCACAUAUUUUGGCAGUGGAUUUGGCCGGUUGUCACUAGAAUCUUCGUUAUAGGUCUCGUGGGACACCGGUCAGUUGCGGAGGUGGUGCUAAAGAUUCUUGAAUGGCGGGCUCGGCCAGACGCUGCAGCCAUCAAGGAUAUUUCGGCAACGGCUCAGCAAGUUGAUAUCCGCCUCCAGCAGUUUUGCUAUUGGCCUAUACAAUAUGUCAAACUGCGUCAAAGGAAGGAUAACUGGGAAAGUGUGACUACCAGUCACCCAGAUUACAUCCGGUUUUACAACAGUUUGUGGCUCGUGGCUAACGAUGUGAUCAUUGGAAUUGCCCUUGGUUCAUACAUCAUUGAUAAUGCCAAUUGGGUCGCCUCCCAAAUCAACACCGUUCUCACAGGAUGGACUGUGGAAGGAUUGCAACGCACCAUCUCAUGGCUGAUGGACUGGCCUGCCGGCUUAAAGCUUAACAACGAACUUGCAGCUUUCCUCGGUGACUUGUUCCUUUGGGUUAUCGAGAACUGGGCUGCAUGCAUUGCGAACCUCCAGCCCUAUCUUCCUCACGUCAUCUACAUUGUUGGCUGCUCCAGUUUUGCGGGGGCUAGCAUGCCAAUCGCCCUUUUUUCUGACCUCCUUUCCAUCCUAACCGUCCACAUCUAUUCCUUUUACAUUGCGUCUGCCCGUAUCUUUAACUGGCAACUCACCAUAAUUAUAUCGCUCUUCCAUCUCUUCCGAGGGAAAAAGCGAAAUGUCCUGCGCAACCGAAUAGAUUCAUGUGAUUAUGACCUCGACCAACUCCUUCUUGGCACCAUUCUCUUCACCGUGCUUUUCUUCCUUCUACCUACCGUGAUUGUCUUUUACCUCACCUUUGCAUCGGCCCGCAUGUUGAUUAUCUCUAUGAAAGCCGGCUUCGACACCUGUUUGGCAUUCCUGAAUCACUUUCCCCUUUUCGCUCUGAUGUUACGCGUGAAAGACUCGAGACGAUUGCCCGGUGGCAUUCGAUUUGAGCUUCGAGAUGAACUAGAUAAGCAGUCCACCGAGGCUACCUCUUCUACAGUCUCCUACAUUCAUCUCGAGUCAAUCCCACUUCCUCUCCGCGCAAUGUUCGACCAAUACUUCCAGCUCGGUCACCGACUCCGCAAACACUAUCUCUCCCCUCGCGUCAUUUUCUGUCUCGUCACCGGCCGCUUUGUACCUCCCAUUCACCGUCGUAACCUGUACAGCAUGCAGUAUAGUAUGCUGCCUGCACGACGGGCACGAAUGGGCGAGGUAUGGUCGCUACUUACUCAACCUAAGAAAGGUGGUAGUGGAGGUAGUAGUUCCGGAUCAAUGUCAAGUAGUAUGGGGACGUUGAGCCACCCAGUCCCGAAAGUGCCGCCGAAUUUUGGGCAAGGAGAUAUUCGAAGACGGGGUCAUCGGUGA